CCGUAUCCCAACCCUCUUGACUGGAUGGAUGAGAAACACCGCCCGAAUCAUGACUUGCAAUGCCGUGAUCGACGAGAUUUUGGAGCAAAGCUAGUUGAAAAGAUUGCUCAAAUUGGUGCAAUUUUGCACCAUGGACUCGCGGCUUUGGCUGCAACACAUCCCAUCCUGAUUUCGAAUCUUCGCGGGAAAGGUACGGCAAUUUACAUCGCCUUCGUACCAAAGUCAUGAUAGUACGAGUAUCCCAAUAGAACUGCGAUUUUCUGCUCUGCAGAACUUCCUAAUCCGGAAAUCUGGUCCACAGGAACAAAUUGAGUACCUGGAAGCUUUAGAUAAGUUAGGGAUGGCAUUAUGCUGCAGUGAGAUACUAUCCAUCUCUUCGUGCAAAAGUCGCCUAUUUCACUAGUUCUGCUCGCACAUACUGUGUAGUUCUGCAUCAUCUCGUUUCUCGGUCUCAUACCCUGUACAGUCAUUCUAGAAUGCAGACUCAAGGAGGCUUAAUGCAUCAAAGUACUUCUGCACUCCCCUCUGUGGC